GCUGGUUUACAAGAGUGGAAGCCAUGGAAGCAUCCCAGCAGCUCUCCAUUGAAAGCUUUUCGUAUAGUUGGUUAGUAAACCUAAAACCAGCUUCUUCAGAUGGUUUGGACGGCUCGUUAAGAGCCUCGCUUGAUGCAUGCGACGAAGCUUCUUUCAUCGAAAUGGAUCCCAGGAUGCCGCCUUCCAACAGAUUUUUCAGACGCUCUCAAGAUUUCAAGUUUGAUUUCCCCAUUUCACAAGCUCCUCUCACGCUCGUUCAUGCAGAUGAGCUUUUUUCCGAUGGCUACAUCGUGCCUUUUUUUGUUAACCCUUUGAAGAUCGAGGCAUAUGAAAUUGAAGCUUCUGAUUCAGUUUCAGCCAUGGCUAUAGCUACUUCUUCACAAGUGCCGGCGGUUCCGCCCAGUAAAACAAACCGUCCAUCUCUCUCGCGGUGUCGAAGAUUGUCCAGAAGGAUAUUAUCGAAAUACUUGGAUUUUCUGAGGCCAUUGUAUAGGAGAAUACGGGGAAGAAAGUCGAACGGUAGAGCCGAAAGCGUCGAUGCGGGAAUUCAAACGAAGAAGAAAUGGGUGUACUCAGCUGAAGCAUCUCCUCGGAUCAGCGUCGCGUACUCCGGCGCCGAUGAGUGGCGGAACUCGUGCGAUUCCGAAAGCUCCAUCUACGAGGCGGUUCUGCAUUGCAAAAAAUCAAUCGGCAAAUGAAUGGAGGAGGAUUUUUCAAUUCACAUGGGAGAGAAGAAAAUCUGGCGACUUGUUAUUUGUCCACUUUCUUCUCUACUUUUUUUUUCUUUUUUGUGCGUGAGCAUGUAUAUUUUUGAGUGGAGAAGAAGAACAA